CCAUGCCGCUGCUCCGGAGACCCCCGGGCGGGCCGGGCCCGGCGGCGGCGGCGGACGGACCGGGCGGGGGCCGUGAGGACGGGGACCGGGACCCGUUCGCCGCCAACCCCGAGGGGCGCCGCCGCCGCCGCGCCACCCUGGCCGGGCUGGUGGGGCUGGGGCAGCUCGGGGGGCACCGGGAGCAGCUCGGGGGGCACCGGGAGCAGCUCGGGGGGCACCGGGGGCAGCUCGGGGCUCCGUUCGGCCUCGGCCGCCGCUGCCGUGAGCCCGGCGGGCCCCGCGGGCGGCGGCGCUCGGAGGAUUCGGGGGUCCCGCGGCGGGCGGCGGAGGAGGCGGGCGGCGGCAAGCGCGCCUCGCUGCUCCGGUUGGCCCGGGGACCGUGGGGACCGCGCGGCGGCACCGAGAGGGCGGCGGCGGCCGAGGCACCCCCGGGGCACGGCGGAGACGGGACCGGAGCGCGGCCCGGGAGCGGCGGGAGGGACGAGGACGGCGGCGGCGGCGGCGGCGGGGACGGCGGCGGGGACAGGGGACCGCUGUCCGUGCUGGAGAUCCUGGAGCUGAUCCAGCGGCGGGAGCUGCUGGCGGCGGACGCGCAGAUCAUCGCGCUGGAGGCCGAGUGCGCUCUGACCCCAUCGCGCCCCCCGUCCCCUCCGCCCGUCCCCGCCGCCCCCUCCUCACCGGCGACCCCUCCGCCCUCCCCGGUCCCCCCGUCCCCGGGCCCGGGCGGCGGGCGGCGGGCGCGGGACGUGGCGCUGCUGUACCGGGCGCUGCUGGCGGAGCUCUGGGCCGUGCUGGGCGAGGCGGUGGCGGCGGGACGAGCGGCGGCGCCGCUCCGGGCCGUGGUGGCCGUGCUGGAGCAGGAGGAGGCGGCGGACGCGCGGAGCCCUCCCGGGACCGUCCCGGGGCGGCCGCGGGGGCUGCGGCGGCGCUGGCAGGAGGCGGUGGCCCGGGCGGCGACCGAGCGGCUGGCGCAGGUGGCACCGGCCGGGGGGCUCGGGGCCCGGCUGGCCGCGCUGGCCGCCAGGGUGGUGGGCGACCUGGGGGUCGUCCGGAGCCACGUAGCGCCCGUGUACCCCCCCGAGUACGGCGCGUUGGGGGUCUACGCCCGCGGAUACCACCGGGCGCUGGCGCAGCAGCUGCGGGCGCUGGCGCAGAGACCCCUGGCAGUGCCCGACCUGUACCUGCUGCUCGACUGGCACAGCAACGCCUACCCCCGGGAGGUUUUGGGGCACCCCGAGGUGGGGGCUCUGCUGCGGGCGCAGGAGUUGGGGCCCCUCCUGCCCCCCGAGACCCAGCGGGACCUGGAGAGCUCCUGCAUCGCUGCCGUCAAGGCCAAGGUGGAGGUGGCGCUGGCGCAGGAGCUGCAGCUCAGCGAGGACACGUGGCCCGAGGAUGUCACCAGCCAGGACAUGGAGGACGGGCUGGCCACGCGUGUCACCGGGCUGCUGCGGGCCCACGUGGACCGAGCCCCCCAGGUGACCCCCGAGUUUGGGCGGGAGAUGGCCCACAGCCUGCUGGGCGUGCUGGUGGCCUUCCUGCACAGCUUCCAGCGGAAGGUGGAGCGGUUCCUGGACGCCCCCGGUGAGCUCCCCCCGCCCGACGGCACCGCCGGCCGCGCCAUGGCCUUGGCCAACUGCUGUCCCCCCUUCAGGGCCUUCACCGAGCGGCUGGCGCAGUUCGGGCACCCCGAGAGCGAGGAGCCGCGGCGGCGGGCGCACGCCGCGCUGGACCGCGUCACCCGCGCCUGCGGCCACCUCCUGACCCGCCGCCUGCUCGAGGAGCUCAAGCCCCACUUUGCGAAGCUGAUGAAGCGCAAGUGGCUGACGAGCUCGGACGCCUUCGACGCCAUCGUGAUGCUCAUCACCGGCUUCGCGCAGACCCUGCGGCCGCUGCACCCUGAACCCCACCAGGCGCUGGUCAGCGAGCUGCACCGCCGCGUGCUGCAGGAGUACGUGCGGCCGCUGCUGCAGGGGCGCCCGGGCUGCGCCUCGGCCAAGGCGCGCGCCCGCGUGGCCGCCCGCAUGGGCGACGAGGCCCGGCAGCUCCGCGAGCUCUUCACGCGCCUGGACUCGGCCGCGCCCUGGCUGGACUCGGUGGUGCCGCGGCUGCGGGAGCUGCUGGUGCUGGAGGACACGGCCGCGCUGCAGAUGGAGGUCGGCGCCCUGGCCCGGGACUUCCCCGACGUCCGGCGGAGACACGUGGCCGCGCUGCUGGACGCGCGUGGGCUGCGGGCUCAGGGCCCUCGGCGGGAGAUUCUGGGGGUGCUGCAGGAUUUGGGGGGCUCGGAAGCCGAACCGGGACCCCCCUCCCGGUCCCGCCCGUUCUUCUCGGAGCUGCCGGUGCCGCGCCCCGUGCGCUGCCUCCCGUUCCAGCUGCCCCGGCUGCGCCUGCCCCGCCGCAGCCCCGCCAGGACCCCCCCGUGACACCCCCGGGCCUGGGGACACCCCAAAAUCCGGGGGCACCCCCACCCCGCUUCCCCCCAGUUCACCCCAGUUCCCCCCAGUUCCUCCCAGUUCCCCCCAGCGUGUAAAUGACGGCGUGAAUUUAA